AUGAAACUAUCUCAGCAUAUUGACAAAGUAAUGCUUGCUGUAUCAAGUGAGGAAGUUCAGAAAAAUUGUCUGCGUCUUAAAACCACAAUUACAAGUGUGCGGUGGCUUGCACUUCAAGGUUGUUCUUUCAGGGGGCAUAACGAAUCAUCUAAGUCAUUGAAUCGAGGAAAUUUUCUUGAAUUGUUGGAUGCUUUUGGACGACUUAAUAAAGAAGUUGGAGAUGUAUUGAGUAGUGCUGCAAGAAAUAAUACAUACACUUCUCCAGAAGUACAAAAAGAGGUUUUGAAUAUUAUGGCCAAUAGAGUUCGACAAAGAAUUCAAAGUGAAAUUGGGGAUGCAAGCUUUUGUAUUCUUGUUGAUGAAGCACAAGAUGAAUCUAAACGUGAGCAAAUGGCUCUUAUCUUGAGGUUCGUGAAUAGCAACGUUAGUGAUAUUCUUGUUCAUUACAACCUUCCAGCUCAGAACAUGAGAGGCCAAGGAUUACAAUUAACAUUGGUUUCAGCAGUUAAGGAUGUUCGAGAUAUUUGGGAUUUCUUCUCUCAUUUGGAUAAUGUUGUUAAUAUGAUGACGUCUUCUCCUAAGCGUCUUUGUGAGUUGCAAAUUACUCAAAGAAGAGAAAUAGAGCAUUUGCUAGAAAUUGGAGAACGUAAUCCAGGACGUGGGGCUAAUCAGAUUGGUAACUUGCAACGAGCAGGGGCAACUCGUUGGAGUUCUCAUUAUGACUCUGUAAAGAGUUUGAUAGAUAUGUAUGGUGCUACUUGUAAGGUGCUUGAGCAUUUAAGUGAGCAUAGUUCAAAUACAAGUUCUCAGGCUGAAGUUGGUGGUAUAUAUAAAAACAUAACAAGCUUCGAAUUUGUAUUUGUCUUGCAUUUCAUGCGUAGGAUUUUGGCCAUCACUGAUAUUUUGUGGCAGACCCUCCAGAAGAAAACUCAAGAUAUUUUAACUGCAAUGAGAUUUGUCUACAGUACAAAAAUUGUCAUUCAAGCAUUGAGGGAAGAUGGCUGGGAAGAAUUUCUACAGGAAGUGACUUCAUUUUGCUCAAAACAUGAUGUUUACAUACCUGACUUCGACAGUUCAUAUAGGGUUGGUCGUUCCCGUGGGCGAGAGUAUCCUACAGUUGAGCAUCAUUAUCAUUUUGAUGUUUUCAAUAAAGCAAUAGAUUUUCUUCUGAUGGAGUUAAAUACAAGAUUUAAUGAGACAUCAGUAGAACUCCUUUCUCUUAGCACAGCAUUGGACCCUAAAAAUUCAUUUGAAUCAUUCAACAUAGAUGACAUUUGCAAGCUUGCAGAGAAGUUUUACCGUCAGGAUUUUACAAAACAAGAUAUUUAUUCCUUGAGAAUUGAGUUGCAACAUUAUCAGAGUGAUGUGAUUUCUGAAUCUCGAUUUCAAGUAUCCACUCUUUCUAAUUUAUGUCAGGAGUUGGUUGCGAGUAGAAGGUCAGAGAAUUAUGUUAUGCUGACACGACUGAUUUAUCUUGUGUUGACACUACCCGUAUCUACUGCUACAAUUGAAAGAGCUUUUUCAGCCAUGAAACAUGUCAAAACUACAAUUCGUAACAAGAUGGAGGAUGGUUUUCUUGCUGAUUGUAUGACCAUUUAUAUUGAGCGAGAAUUUGCAAUGAAUAUAGAUGUAGAUUCUAUUAUUGAUGAAUAUUACGCUUACAAUCAGCAUUUGAAUAUGAUUCUUGGAGAUGUGGAAGAGAUCAUAACUAUUGUGGAAAUUGACAAUGAGACUUAUGAAGAAAUAGUUCAGGUUUUGCAUCGAAUGGAAAGUGUGAUAGUGCUCUGCAUCUGUUCGUACGUAGAAAUUCAAGAACAUGAAAUGAAGCCAAACUGUGUAGUUGGACAAUCGGAAAAUGUUGCGAGAAUGAGAAGACUGAUGAUCGACAAAGGAUCGCUAUUGAGGGGUUUUGAUUGGUAG